AUGGAAGAAGUUCCUGGAAGCAAGGAUAUCCCAGUCGAGAGUGGUGGCCCUCCGAUAUAUGAGUUGUCAACAGUGGGCCAAAUAGCCCCCAACUCCACCGGCAUCGACACUCUAGAAAAGCAGUGGGCUCUUGAUGAGGCACAGGAUGAACUCACACGCAUGUCUUCCAACUCCGAUGUCGAAAAGGACAAAAAGUCUCAAAAAGAAGUCGAUCAAGGUGAUCUGGCACAAAGGUUCAUUUCCGAUCACCCAGCACCUCCGCCGUACUCUUUAUAUGACGAGUCCCCGCGACGCCAGCUGUCAGCGCCAGUUGUGCUUCCUCAACGACGACCCAAAGAUCGCGAUCGAGGCUUUAUUCGUGCAUAUGCACCCACUCUUGGUGAUUGCGGUAUUGAUCAAGACAUGUUCAUCGAUUUCCUGGACACGGCCGAGAAAUCCUGUCAAGCUACCCCCUGGCUAAAUGCCAUCAACUUGGCUUCUAUUGGAACUAUGUGGCUGCCAACUGUCACCGGCAUUGCUGUUUCGAUUGCUAUCCAACUUGCGACUGAUGUUGCCAUUGCUGCCGAUGGUCGCCGAAAGACCAAUUCGUUCUUCGAUAAAGUAAACAGGGAAUUCUUCCAGCCCCGAGGUCUUUACUGUUUGGUGAUGACAUGGAAUCCUGAGCUGCCAGAUGCUCCCUCUACGGCCGUGGAUUUGAAUUCGCUCGUUUCCAACGCAGCUGGCAGUGCCAGUGCCCAAGGUUCGAAUACACUCGGUCGACUUCGUCAUCGCUUCAAGUCUUCAGAUGGAAAGGCAUACGGCAAUAUUUUUCCUGAAGUGGCUCCGCUCAUCUUCCCCGAAAUUGAUCGACUCGCAUCGGAUCAAAACGCGGGAAAGAAGCUAUCUAAAAUGAAGCGAAGAAAAGAAUUCGUCGGUGGAUAUUUGGAUAAAAGAGCCCAGGCUAGAUUUACAGCUGAAAAUCCCACCAGUCAACUAAACCAGGGCCCCAAGCCAGUCUUCACAUCCCGGUAUGCCGACCCAAAUCAUCCAGCGAGCAGCGGAGAUCUGCUCGCUCUCAUGAGUGGAGGUCGUUUCACUAUGGAAGACUUGCCACGCCGACAAGUUCCACAAUCUGCAUUUGAAAACAGAGGUCAAAUAGGAGGACAAGACCAUCAUUACCAAAGUCGGGAGAACUCAAAUUCCAAUGCGCCAGCUCCACAUGCCCCCCCAUGGAAGCCCAUUCGGAUUAUUUGA